GCGGAGAAAACGGGGGAGACAAUAGACAAUAGUUUGGGUCAUCAUGGUCUUUGGAUUUUUACCGUAGGUAACAUGCGCGCGGGACUGUGAGAUACAGGUGCACGAUCUGUGAACGCGUCCGUUCAUCCACUGGCCGAAAGUUUCUCCAGGCUUUAAUGUUGCCGACCGAGAUUUCAGGAGGAGUGUGUUUCACCUCAAGCGAUCACACUGAGGGAAGGAGAGAAGGGAUGAAAACAGAGGAAAGCCCGCAGCCCUGUCAGCAGCAGCCUCCAUCCUCAACGCCUUUUGGUCAGGAAUACAGGGGAGGGGGAGAGGUGUGCGCGGGCUGCGAGUCUCCCAUCGCCGACCGCUUCCUGCUGCGCGUGAACGAGCGCUCCUGGCACGAGACCUGCGUCAAGUGCGCAGUGUGUUUAAGCGCGCUCACCGGAACCUGUUACUGCAGGGACCGCCUGCUGUACUGCAAGCACGACUAUGAAAAGCUGUUUGUAAGGAAGUGCAGCGCAUGCCUGCAGGUGAUUGGACGUUCAGAGCUGAUAAUGCGUGUGCUAGGCCAGGUGUACCACCUGGGCUGCUUCACCUGCUGUGAGUGUGAACGCCGGCUGCAAAGAGGUGAUGAGUUUGUACUGAAGGAAGGCCAGCUGCUCUGCCGUAUGGACUAUGAGAAGGAGAGAGAAAUGUUGGCCGCUAUUAGUCCCACACCAACUGAAUCAGUAAAAAGUGAGGAUGAGGACGGUGGAGGAGGCUCCGGCGGGGGGAAAGGUGGUGAUGAUAGCAAGGAGCACAAGCGCUCAAAACGACCCCGCACCAUCUUGACCACACAGCAGCGCCGCGCUUUCAAGGCCUCCUUUGAAGUGUCUGCUAAGCCUUGCCGCAAGGUGAGAGAGACACUGGCUGCUGAGACUGGCCUGACAGUGCGCGUUGUGCAGGUGUGGUUUCAAAACCAGAGAGCCAAGAUGAAAAAGAUAGCUCGCAGACAGCAGCAACAGCAGCAGCAGCAGCAGGAACAAGAGCAGCUGGGAGGGACCAGACGGGGGCCGAGUAGAGGAGGCCGCCAGAGCAAUGACGACAGCGAGGAUGGCUCUAGUACCCAUGGCAUGGAUGGGAUGCUGGGAUAUCCCUCUCUGCCACGUCAGCAGCUACUCGCUCUGGACCCAAACAUCUACGGCGGAGAGCCAUUUCGACAUGGGCUUACACCGCCUCAGCUGAGCAACGAGCAGCUCCACUCCUAUGACUCAGAGACGGUGUUCCAUGACCUGGACAGCGAUGGGAGCCUCGGUCACCUUGGAGACUGCCUCUUGGCAACAGGGGACGGCAGUCUCCUGGCAGGGCGAGUGGGAAACCCCAUUGACCGCCUCUACUCCAUGCAGAACUCCUACUUCACCUCCUGACCCUUAUAAACUCUCGCCCUUCCCACUCCUGUUCCACAUUUCACCUCAGAGAUGCAGCUAAUGGAGUCUGUCCAUCAACAUGCCUGUGGGACCGCUCUCCAUGAAACAGCCUACACCCAAACACAUUUCUGAGCUUUUAUCACAGGCUAAAAAUCAUCACAAAGCCAAACGUAGUCAUAAUAUAACGUUGCAGCAUAUUAGCUUCAUGUUCCAACCCUCUUUUCUUGAUAAGAAUCACAUGCUGGAAAUUCAAACACUGUAAAUGUCCAAGAUAUGUAAAAAGACCUCAAUUUCUCCUGUUGUAUUUAUGUAAUGUUCAAUGAAACACGUUUCAUGGCACUUUCCGACAAAAAAAUGACAAACAAAAGAUACCUAUCAGACAUAUUAAUAUGUAUAUCAUCAUUUGCAGAUGAAAAAUUGGUUGUUGAAAUUUAAUUCAUCAAUCAUGUUAGGUGCAUAAAGAAUCUUGGCAGGCCUUAUGAGCAGCUGAGAGUCUUAAUUAGAUUAGUAUAUUGCAUAACUUUUUUUUUCGACAGGACUAGUGAUUAGUUAUUGUGUGUGGAAGACUGCAGCGUAUGCAAUACUGUAUAUGGAUUGGAGUACAAUUUUUGCUCUCAGGUUAGUGUGUAUGUUUAUGUGACCUGAGCUAUAACUCAGGAUAUUGAGCUAGAUAGGUAUUACAAUUGAACUUGCCCAGUGACUUCAAGGACGCAGAUUGAAAAGAGGAAGAAACUUACCAUGUAAAAUGGUGUUUUCAUACUACAUUCUUAGUUUUUGAUAAUGCAUGAUAAGUAUAAUAUGGACCAAAAAAACCCAUCUUUUUUUGCAUUUAGACAACACUACAGGGUCAUUUGAAGAGCCUUAUGCGGAAACAGGGUUGUAUAAGUGAUUAUUUGUUUUGCUUUCCCUUCUCUUUUAUAAUGUAAUCACUUAGAAACAGUGCAGUAAAU